UUUUUAGGAAUAGUUUUUUUUCAAGAAAGAAAAAAAUAAUGACAAGCAAUGUCGGUAAUCAUAAUAAACAAAUGAUACGAUGUGAAUAUUGUCCCGAACAAACACCAUUGAUUGAGGACUAUCAUGCAGGUGAUAUGAUUUGUUCCGGUUGUGGUCUUGUUAUUGGUGAUCGUAUUAUCGAUGUUGGUGCUGAAUGGCGAAAAUUUUCCAAUGAUCAGGUGAAUAAAUCACGAGUGGGAUCAUUAGAUAGUGAGCUUUAUGAAUCGAUGAAUCUAUCAACGUUCAUAUCGAAUCGUCCUAAUUCUACAUCACAUCAUAAUUAUAGUCAAAAUAAUGAUGCUAAUGGCAAUGAUCAAUCAUCAAGUGGACCAUUUGUAGAAAAUCCAUAUAUACGUCGUGAUCCAUCACGACCAUAUUAUAAUAAAAAAUAUCUAACCAAUAAUCAACGUGCUGUGAUUGCCGGAUUUAAAGAUAUUUCCGAGAUGGCUGAAAAACUUCAGACAACACGUCCAGUGAUUGAAAGUGCACAAAUGUUAUUCAAACAAAUGAAAACCAAAUUGAAUACCUUUAAAUCCAGUAGCAUACAGAUGCCAUUAGCAUCGGCAUGUUUAUAUGUUGCAUACAGAAAUCAAAAUGUACCACGAACAUUUAAGGAAAUAUGUGCUGUUUCCAAAGCUACUAAACGUGAAAUUGCUAAAUGUUAUAAAAUUAUAUCGAAAGAAAUUGGCCAAACAAUUGUACAGGCGUCUGUCAUUGAUUAUAUACCACGGUUUGUUGCACAUUUAGGUCUUUCGAAUAAGAUUGAGAAAUCUACUAUAGAAUUUAUACCGAAAAUUGAAUCAAUUUUAUCCGGUCGUAAUCCAAGUACGAUCGCAUCGUUGGCAAUUUUGUUCGCAAUCAUUGUAACUGGAACAAACAUUGAACAGAAUCAAACGAUUACGAAAACAACAAGCUUAUCAACAGAAAACAAUGGUGGUAAUAAUGAUUGUAAAUGUUGUUCCAAACAAUUAAAUCAAACGAUCAGACGAAUAUCCGAGGUAACCGGUGCUGCAGAAACAACCAUCAAAGAAGUUUAUCAUAUUGUUAAGAAUCAAAAAUAUAAUGAAUUAUUUCCCAAUGUCUUUGCUUUACAAGAAACCAAUUAAAUAUUGACAAAAUAAUAUCGAAGUAAAAUGUGAU